UUUGUGCACACGGCAGAGGGUUUUUUUAUCUUGCUCAUUCUUUUGCUAAUAGGGGAAGACAUCAAUGAUAUUACAAGGAAAAGUUCUCUGCUAUUUGAUUUGUCUACAAUCAAAGAAGCCACUAAUAAUUUCUCCAGUGCAAAUAAGCUUGGAGAGGGUGGUUUUGGCACAGUUUAUAAGGGAACAUUAUCAGAUGGACAGGAAAUAGCUGUAAAGAGGCUUUCAAAAAGUUCAGGGCAAGGACUAGAACAAUUAAGAAAUGAAGUGGAUUUUGUUGCUCGGCUUCACCAUAAAAAUCUUGUAAGAGUGUUGGGUUAUUGCUUGGAAAUGCAAGAGCAGUUGCUUGUCUAUGAAUACAUCCAGAAUAAGAGCCUCGACACAUUUAUAUUUGAUGCAGCCAAAAGUGAACAACUAAACUGGGAACAACGACACAACAUCAUUCGAGGGAUUGCUAGUGGACUAUUGUAUCUUCAUGAAGAUUCUAGAGUACGAAUUAUUCAUCGAGAUCCAAAAGCUAGCAACAUUUUGUUAGAUGCAAGCAUGAAUCCCAAGAUUGCAGACUUUGGAUUGGCAAGACUUUUUGGUGGAGACCAUACUGAAAGCAAGACAACUAAAGUUGUAGGAACAUAUGGAUAUAUGGCACCAGAGUAUGCUAUACAUGGGAGUAUUUCCCUUAAGUCAGAUGUUUUUAGUUUUGGUGUAUUAGUUUUGAAAAUCGUCAGCAGAAGAAGGAACAAUAGUUUCUAUGACCCUGGAAAUGUGAUGAAUCUUCUAAGCUAUGCAUGGCAAUGUUGGACCAAUGAGACAGCACUGAAAUUAGUUGAUCCAAGUAUGGCUGAAAAUUAUUCAAGCCACGACAUCGUGAGAUGCAUCAACAUUGGGCUGUUAUGUGUACAGGAAAAUCCAAGUGACAGGCCAAACAUGUUAUCAGUCUUUUUGAUGCUCAACAGGCACAAAAUGAAACUCCAAACUCCCUCACAGCCUGCAUUUUUUUAUGCAAAUGCCUUGACAGAGUCAUAUGGAUUUGUUGAAGAUGCUGGUCCAUCUAGAGGUAAACACGAGCAGUCUACAAGUACAUCAACUAUAUUCUCUUCAAAUGAGGCGUCAAUUACCGAACUAAACCCUCAAUAG